AUGGGAUGUAGUAGCUCGAUGCCGGUUUAUACAGACCUGAAAAAUGCUCCGGAAUCGAGGGAGUUAGAGGAAAACAAUGCUUACUGGGCGGACUGGGGGUCGUAUCCAAUGAAACAAAUAGAGUAUAGUGUAGACGAUGGAAAAGUAGGAGAUGUUGGAGAGAUCUUGAAAGGCAACCUAACUUUAGAAUGUCCUUCAACAGCUAAAAUAGUUCGAAUAUUCACCAGCAGUACAUUUACAGACACUCUAUAUGAACGAAAUUCAUUGAUAGAAAGAGUUUAUCCCAGAUUAAAAGAGUUCUGUCAGUCGAAGGGGUAUGAAUUUCAAGUUGUUGAUAUGAGAUGGGGUGUACGGGAUGAGGCUACAGACGAUCAUAUGACGUCAGAGCUGUGUCUGAGGGAAGUGGAUUUAUGUAAGAAAAUAUCGACAGGACCGUGUUUUGUGACUUUCCUGUCCCACAAAUAUGGCUACAGAUAUUUCCCAAGACAGAUUGAUGCUGAAGAAUACGAAAUACUCAAAGAAAACAUGUCUGAUGAUUCUAAAGAACAUUUAGAUAGAGAACAACGUAGGAAGCUAGAUCUCAUAAGAAAGACAAAAAUCAUCAAAAAAUCUAGGGUAGCCUUUUUUUUAGAUCAAGCUCGUGCAAGGCAUCUGGGCCAAUGGUACAGGUGUGGAGAGCCGUAUGUCGCCAGCGACUCCGGUCAUUCCAUUUCCGCCAGAACAGCUAAUGCCACUGCUACCGGAUGGUUUUCAAAAGAUGAAAACGCAGUACCUCCUACCUAUGUGUUACAACCUAUUAGCUCCCACAUUCCAUCUUUUCUGUCUAAAGAGGCAGAGGACAAGAAAAAAGCUAAGCAGCAAUGGUUUGAAGAAAGUGAAAAGCUUCAAGAUACCAUAUUAGACACAGCUAAAAUCUGUCCUGAAAUUGUCGACGUAGAUAAGUACCAAAUGUCUGUAACUGAAGUAGAAAUAAGAAGAGGUAUAUUGAAGAGUAAACAAGAUGGCGAAAGAAGUUUCUGGUUUCAUCGAGUUAUUGAUGAUAUUGAUAGUCAACCAUCUAGCUAUUUAUUAAGUAGAUAUAAAGAAUGUACAGGAGAUCGGGAACAUAUAGUAGAAGCUAGAGACAUGUUAGAACAACUACAGAAGAUGAAAUUAAAACCUGCUCUACCAGAAGAUCAUUAUAAAACUUAUAAUAUAACCUGGUCUGAAAACGGAGUUGAUCCAAACCAUUCAUCUAGUCAUAAGAAGUAUAUUGAUAAACUGUGUGAAGAUUUUGAAAGAGAUAUGAAAGACAUGAUUGUUAAAGCUAUAGCCGAGAAAGAAAAAUCAUUAAUACACAGCCCAACCUAUCAAGAGGUUGUACAACAUACUACUUUCUGUCAAGAAAAGUGCCAAUCAUUUUAUGGUAGACAAGAUCUACUGACGAAAAUCAAGAGUUAUAUAGCAAGUGAUAGUAACGCACCUUGUGUUGUAUUUGGUAAAUCUGGUUCAGGAAAAACAUCAGUAGUAGCCAAGUCUGCUAGCAGUUGUCGAUCCUGGUUUGGUAAUAAAGUCAUAACGAUUAUUCGGUUUUUAGGAACAUCCCCCGAGAGUUCUGGUAUUGGUUCGCUGUUACUCAGUCUCACAAAACAAAUAAACCUGAUCUAUGGCAAAGAAGAUGUGGGAAAUAAAACGACUUUACGGGAUAUAUCCGACAGCUUCUUAGAAUCUUUACAAUUGGCUACAAAGCAAGAACCAUUGAUCAUAUUCCUGGAUUCCCUUGAUCAGCUAGAUCCUGCAGGUGGUGCUACACAGUUGUCAUGGUUACCCAAGAGACUUCCAUCUAAUGUGAAACUGGUGCUCUCAACAUUACCUGAAGCUCAGUAUGAAUAUUUCCCCAAACUUCAGGCUAUCUACUCAAAAAUUCCGAAAUCGUUUAUAGAAGUGCCAAACCUACCCGAAAAGGAUGCUAAAGGCAUAUUAGAGAAAUGGUUUUCAAUCAAGAAACGAAAGUUACAACCUCAACAAAUGAAAAUCCUGUUAAAUGCCUUCAACCAAUGUCCACUACCUCUUUUUCUGAAACUAUCAUUUGAUGAAGCUUGUUUAUGGAAAUCUUAUACCGAACCUGAUCAGACUGUAUUAGAGAUCACAGUUCGAGGCAUGGUCAAUCAUCUCUUCUCCAGGGUGGAAUCACUCCAUGGUUAUCUUCUGGUAUCCAGAGCUUUGGGAUAUAUAACACUGAGUAAAAACGGUCUGACUGAAGCUGAAUUAGAAGAUAUUUUAUCGUGUGAUGAUGAUGUAUUAAAUGAUGUAUAUGUAUAUUGGACUCCACCAAUAAGACGUCUUCCGCCAUUGUUGUUAGUCAGAAUGAGAUCUGAACUAGAGCAGUAUUUUGUAACAAGAGGGGCUGAUGGUGCUAGAGUGACAUAUUGGUAUCACAGAAAGUUUGUAGAAGCAGCCAAACUACGUUAUGUUCCUGAUUUAAAAACGAAAAGAAUGAUGGAAGGAAUGUUAGCCGAUUUCUUCUCAGGUGUUUGGUCAAAUGGUAAAUCAAAACCAGUUAAAGGUAAAAGUGAUGGGUCAACAGCUGACAGACACGUGGCAUCUCAACCAUUGAUGUUUGGUGAAACAUUCAACAAUAGAAAGAUCAACAACCUAGCCUACCAUCGACUACAUGCCAAUCAACUUGAGUUACUCAAAUCAGAAUGUUUGUGUUCAUAUGACUUUAUCUUAGCAGCACUAAAGUCUCGAGGAUUAAGACAGUUACUUGAUACCUACCAUGCUACUCGCUGGGAAUUUCCAGAUGAUGAAGACAUCAAGAACGUUGAAGAAGUUCUACAAUUAUCACAGAAUGCACUUCAGUAUAAUCCAAAUGAACUUCCUUCACAGAUCCUUGGACGAUUACAACCCACAAAGGGACUUUCCAAGCUGCUGGAUGAUUGUAAGAAGAGUUCCACCUAUUAUCUUCAACCCGACCAUCUAAUACUAACACAACCUGGUGGUAGUUUAUUACAUUGUUUAGCUCAACAUUCGGGUGUACCUACUAGUGUAGACAUAUCAGACUCUAGUCAAAUAGCCGUUACUUGUUCUCGGGAUAGAUCUAUCAUAUUAUGGGAUGUAAACAAGGGGAGACUACUCAAAGUAUUUGAUGAUGUUGCUGACGACAUGGAUUAUAUAAAGUUGGGGAUGAAUCGUAUUGUCGUGGUGAAAUCUUCUCAGGGAAUACUCGGCUUUAAUACAAACACUGGAGUAGAAAUAUAUAGACUAGCCGCUGCUGCUUCGUUCUGUCUGUGUGGUAAAAAUAACGAACUGCUGUGUGUAGUGGGGAAUGGAGAUUUAUCAAUUCACGAUGUUUUAACGGGAAAACUGGUCAAGAAAUCCAAAUGUCAGUCUGGAGAAAUAGAUGAGAAAUCUAUAUGUGUCGGUAGAGGUAUUUAUGUAGCUUGUACAGUGAACCAAAGAAAAAACAUAGUGUUAUUUGAUGUGUAUAUACUGAAUUUUAUAAAUGUGAUAAAAGUAUAUUGUGAGGCGAUGGUAUUAUCAAUGGAUUCCACCAAAUUAUAUAUAACCCACAAAUUUAAACCAGUAUUAUCAGUAUAUGAUAUAGAAACAGGUGAUAUGGACAAUAUACAAGGUCAAGAUAAUAUAUUUGCUCAGGGAGAAUUAAAACUUACAAUAGAUUGUCGUUAUGUCUAUUUUAACUAUUAUUCCUAUGUAUAUGUAUGGGAUAUUGAGAAGCGAACACAGAGAAUAUUGAUUGAACAUCCUACACCUGUGACAGAUGUAGCUACUGCUGAUGGUCGAGUUAUAAUAACUACAGGAGAAGAUCGAGCUGUUAGAAUAUGGGAUCUGAGUAAAACUAAUGAUAAACAUUUAAGACAGUUUGGUAAUGGUAAUGAAGGAGCUAGAAUAAUGUCACGAGAGAUGUUUGUAAAUCCACGAUAUGCAAUAUUUAAAAUUAAGCGAGGAUUUGAUUGGUCAUUACAAUUGUAUGAUGUUUGUAAAAAUAAAACUAUUAAACGAUCUACAGAAUUUGUACCUAAUUUUGAAGUAUAUGUUGAUGAAACCCAUGUAUUGAUAUGUGGCUAUACCAGAGUAAAGUUAUUGAAUUUAUCAACUAUGGAGUUUGAAGUUGCCUAUGAAGGUGAAAUUUAUACAACGUUAGGAAAAGCCAUUAUUGUUAUAAACGAUGCUAAAGAAUUUACCACAAUAUCCCCAGAACAAACAACUAUUAAUAUAUACAAUAUUAAGACUGGUAAAAUAGACAAUGUGUUAUCUACUGGAGAAGAACACAAACUGGAAUCAUUUGUUGUAAAUAAAGAAGAAACGAAAGUCUUAACUCAGGGAAAAGAUGGUGAACUCACCAAAUUUUAUGUGUUUGACUUAAAGACUCGAUCAUUAGGGAAAACCUAUACUUCGGAGUCAAUGGGGCUGAAUAACAGUGGUAUAAGCGCCAAAGAUUUCUUAAUCACUCGAGAUGGACUCAAAUUUAUGAUUAAAUACAAAGAUGAAGGGAGAAUUCAGAUUCUAAUUUGCUGUACGGAAAACGGCACCAUACUUCAGAGACUGGAUAUAUGUAAAAGUGAAAAUGAUAAUAUGUUUGACGAUGUCAAGUAUUUGUUGUUAACCAAGUCUACCAUCCUCGUGUAUUAUGAAGAAGCAUUCCUGAAAGUCUUUGACUUGGAAACAGGAAAAGAACUUCUGAGUGAAAAGUCGGACUAUUAUGUGUUUGUACCAGAUAAAGGUCCAUAUUUUGUGACUCGUGGUAAAUCUAAAAGCACUAACGCAGUUAGACUGUGGGAUAGAGAAAAACUGAUUGUGUUGGCAUCUUACUUUAUGGAUUCAGAGAUGCAUACAGUACAAAUCACUAAAGAUGGUCACCAUGUCAUUAUGUCAUUACAAACGUCUGGUGAUCCCAUUAUAUUUACAUUACAAGGUGGAUCUCAAAAUCCUAUAUAUUUCAAUUAUAAACAGCUUCAUGAGUAUCCAGAAAUAUUUACAAAAUCAGAUGAAGACAAGAAUAUAAUGGUUUUAGAAUAUUAUGAUAAACGACAACUUUCAAAAUAAGUGUUACUGAAGCAACAGCAAACUGUACAGAUGAAGAUGAAAUAAACGUUCGAUUGAGAAAAAUCUAGGUGAUAAAUAUGUUUAAAAACGUAUAAUCUCUAUCUUUUUGUCAGCAAAUUGAUCACCUAAAAUGCUGAAUUCUACAUAGCUAUAGCUGAAACCUAAUCUGUUACAUGCCACGUGACAAUAGAUUUGGUUUCUUUUGAAAGGAUUGGCUUUAUUCUCCCAAAUAUACACAAGCCUAGGAUGGAACAAAUACUUGGAAUAGAUUGGUUGAUAUUUUCUGUGAAUACAGAUACUCUGUGAUAUUUUUCUAUAUUAUUAUAAAUAUUAUUGUACAUCACUCAUAAUAGCAAAUAUUGUUAAUAUAAUAUAUUUUUUAAUAAAAAAGUUGAACUAUAA